AUGUCCUUGGUAACACUAGUCCCGGCAACUCGGGUGCCCCCUCGAUAUGAGCCAACAGUUUGUUAUCCGACGACCACAAGGCAGGAGGAGGAGGAUUUACUUCUUUCCACCCAGCUGGAGGAGUCUGAUGCUGUGCCUGGAACUAUUGCGCACCUGUUCCGCCAGCACGAAACCCAAUGGCAAAAGCGCCAAGAGAGGGCAGAGCUUGUGUCGCGUACAGCUGGCCAAACAGCGGACGGUGCUACUGGCCGUCCGGUGGCGGACGUAGAUAGCAAUUCUCAGAGCGAGCUUGUCACGUUUGCUGCUGUUGGUUGUGAGCAAUUAUCCACGCUUCGAAAACAACUUUCAACACUUAACGACAUCGCUGGCUACGAGGUGGUGGCGACAACUAGAGCGCCUUCAGGCCUAUGCAACAGGAUCGGUCUCGUCAGCACGUACCCAUGGAUUGUCUUCUACCUUGUUGGCCUUGUUAUUGCUCGACGAGAGAGGUCCGAGAGCCAAGCCUCCACUGUGAUGCCCCUGCUUGCCAAGGCUGCUUUCUUUAUACAUGUCCUAAGUUGGCUGUUUUGUGAUCAUUGGGCCCAGCCUCUCAUCCUUAUCCUGAAACUUAUGAUGGAACCGGCCAUGUUCCUUCUGUUUCUGUCAAUGGCCCUGUCGUUUUUGCCUCGCGUCGGUCUUGUACGGAUGGCAUGGCAGGGGUUUCCUUAUUUUGGCCGAGAUGGAACACCGAAACUGGAGGCUAACUGCACAGUCUCGACUAAGAAGGAUCUCAUCUUCAUUUACUACUCUACACUGCAGUUUUAG